AUGGGGCCUCUUGUUGGUUCCCGUAGCCUGGCGUUGCGUCGUCGUGUUUGUGUAAAGUCUUUUGCGGCAGCGAUUCCGCGGCAGGCGAUUUACAGGAACAGCCGCCUCUACUCACAGACGGCCAUAGAUGAGGCACAAGGCUCGUCAAAACGCGACACAUUAUUGGACCUUUGGCGUAAAUACCAAGCCAAUGAUGAGUCACACAGCCUUGAAUCCGACGACUUUUACGUGGGCUUCAUAGGCAAGAGUCGCAAUGUCUCAAAGCACCUUUCAUUCGCAGACCUCACCACGCCGUCUGGUGAGACGAUUCAGGUCUGCUCCAGCGCAGAGAGAGACAGUGAAGCACACGAGGACUUUCGCAAGGUCCCAGCUUUCAGCCCCGUUCUUGUUCGUAUCAAGCAGCACCAGGCAGCAGAUGUCGAGUCAGCAAGCAGCGACGGCUCAUCCAAGAGGACCGUCUACCUUGAUAGCAUACGUGCCCUCAACAGCAUCCCGAAGAAUCUCAUAGUCACGCCCGAAGUCCAGUUCCCACCGACAAAGAGGCAUCUCCAGAUCCGAUUUCACCCAGAAUUGCAAGCCAGGCUGCAAUUUAGAUCAUGGCUCAAGGGCAUGCUCAACCAAAGCUUGCUCCAGAAGGGCUUCACUGAUAUAGAGACGCCGACUCUCUUCAAAUCGACUCCCGAAGGCGCUAGGGAGUUUCUGGUUCCUACACGGCAGAAAGGUACUGCUUAUGCUCUUAGCCAGAGCCCGCAGCAGUACAAGCAGGUCCUCAUGGCCAGUGGUAUCAUGCGGUAUAUGCAAUGGGCUCGCUGUUAUCGCGACGAAGAUUCUCGAGCCGAUCGACAGCCCGAGUUCUCACAACUUGACAUGGAAUGGGCUUUCGCCGGAGCUGAGACGGUGCAGAAGGACAUCAACGAUAUCGUCUUGGGAGCAUUGACUGCCCUUCAACCCGCACACAGCUACAAAGAAAUACGAGGAGAGGUCGUUCCAGUUGUUACCGAUAUACCUUCUACGGCUCCGCCAGCGGACCAACCUGUCGCCCAUCAGUUUACCAACAUCACGUUUGCGGAUAGCAUUGCUGCAUAUGGUUCUGACAAGCCAGAUUUACGCAUCCCUCUGAGAAUACAUGCCCUGCCGAACCUUGAGCCUUUCCGCAACUUUGUUGGCAUGAUCACUCAUCUUGAGAACCCUCUAAUUGAAGCCUUCGCAUUGCCGCUGAAGGACUGCUCUCCUUCUGAAGCGCGGAAGUUUGUCACCAAAUUCAUGGACGAGCUCCCUCCCUCAUUGGCGAAUAAUCCCGACGGCAAACCUCAGAUCCUCAUUCAUGAUUCAAGGCAGCCAUUAAGCGGGUUCUCUUCACUGGGUUUCGAAUACGAGAGCGUAUUGGAUCUGCUAACAGAAAAAAACGGCCUCCAAGAUGGAGAUCUUGUUGUUUUCCAGGCUCGGGAGACGCCUGCCGGGCAAUACUACUCAGGUUCAACGAGGAUCGGGGACAUGCGCAACCUGCUGUGGAAGGCGCUUCUUGAAGAAGGCCUCGUGGAGACUCCACGACUUGGUGAGCCGGGAUCACUUCAGUUCGUAUGGGUGACAGAGUUCCCAAUGUUCAAGCCGGUUGAAGAGGGCGAGCCAGGCCAGGAGGGCGCGGCAGGGAUUGCGGCUUCUCACCACCCCUUUACUGCGCCCCUCUCCCAGAAAGACCUGGAGCUGCUCUUCACGGACCCUCUAGAAGCAAAGAGCGCCGCUUAUGAUUUGGUCCUUAAUGGGGUCGAGAUUGGUGGGGGCAGUGUUCGUAAUCACAUUGCCGACGUCCAAGACUUCAUCAUGCGGGACGUUUUGAAGAUGACCGACAAGCGGAUCAAGGACUUUUCGCACCUGUUCGAAGCACUCCGCUCGGGAUGUCCUCCUCAUGCUGGGUUUGCGCUUGGGUUCGAUCGUCUGGCUGCCCUGAUGACCGGCACGCCCACUGUCCGAGAUGUCAUUGCCUUUCCCAAGACGAUGAAGGGAGAAGAUCCUUUUGUCCAGUCACCUAGCAAGCUCAGCAAUGAGCAGCUCGCCCCAUACGGCCUACAACUUCGCCCAAAAUCCUCAUAA